GUGGAGCUCGCGUGUAGUACGUAGUAGCCUAAAGCCACUACCGAGCUGUUUAGGUGGAGGUUGAGCCGGGUCUCAGUCAGGAGUAGGCAGUUCCACUUUUUAAAAAGCGGUGGUAGAAAUGGUCAAAGGAUUCAGGCAAGAGACGCCCUGAAUUUUGGCCGGAGAAAGAGAGAUAAGUAAGGCAUUCACCAUGGGCUGUGGAACUUCCAUUGCAGUUGAAAACCAAGGAAAGCCAUCUGAAACAGAUGUGUCCUCCAGGAAUCCCAGCCCAGCAUUAACUAUGAAAGCAGCUGUUCUGAUCCAGCGUUGGUACAGGCGCUACACGGCCCGUCUGGAGAUGAGGCGCAGGUACACCUGGAACAUCUUCCAGUCCAUCGAGUACGCAGGGGAGCAAGACCAACUACAGCUUUCGGGCUUUUUCAGUUUCAUGUUGGACAACUUCACACACCUCAGUGGAAAUGGUCCUGAUUUGAUCUCGCACCUCUUGGAUUCUGUGGUCGAGCCCUGGACAGAAGAGGGGAGGCAAGUGAAGUACGAGCAGAUCACCGUGCCGGACUCCUACACUGGACCCCGCCUGUCCUUCCCUCUUAGUGUUUCAGACACCAACAGCCUGCUCAGUGCCUUCAAGGAGCAACAGACUUUGCAUGCCAGAUAUGUCUUGCAACUGUUACACGAGACCAAGAAGUUUCUGAAGCAGAUGCCAAAUGUUAUUUACUUAUCCACCUCUUAUGCCAAGGAGAUCACAAUCUGUGGUGAUUUGCAUGGAAGACUAGAUGAUUUAUUGCUUAUAUUCUACAAGAAUGGCCUUCCAUCAGCUGAAAAUCCCUAUGUAUUUAACGGUGACUUUGUUGACAGAGGGAAAAAGUCAAUGGAAAUCGUUAUCAUACUAUUUGCAUUCUUGCUCUUGUAUCCUGAUCAUAUGCAUCUGAACAGAGGAAAUCAUGAGGACCAUAUUAUGAACCUGAGAUACGGAUUUACCAAGGAGGUCAUGCAGAAGUACAAGACUCACGGCAGAGACAUCUUACAAGUCCUGCAAGAUGUUUUCAGCCUGCUUCCUGUAGCCACAGUGAUUGAUAAUAAGGUGCUCAUUGUCCAUGGUGGUAUUUCAGACAAGACUGACCUGGAUUUCCUCAGCUCCAUAGAGAGGGACAAGGUGAAGUCGGCCCUCCGGCUGCCCAAGCGAAGCGUGGAGGUGGUGGACCCUCGGGGCGGGUCCAGGAGCGGCAGGCAGGGUUGGGCCCAUCUGGAUAGCCCAUGCUCCCGGAGUCGCGCCCGGAAGAGGAAGUGCCAUCUGUCCAAGCAGGGCAGCUGCUCGUCCACCUCCUCGUCCUCUUCCUCCUCGUCGCUCUGCUCGCCGCGCCUCGCCUCCCGACACACUCCGCAGCACCACGCCACGUCCCCCGUGCUGCCCAGUCCCUCUGACGGCCUCCAGGUGCCCUUCCUGGACUCAUUUGUGUCCAUCGCCCCCCCAGAGCCCUCCAGGGAAGAGCUCGAGUGGAGACAGAUUGUAGAUAUCCUCUGGAGUGACCCUAAGAGCCAGAGUGGCUGCACUGCCAACAGCUUCCGGGGCGGCGGCUGCUACUUUGGGCCCGAUGUGACUCGGAACCUUCUGGAAAAACACGGAAUGACUCUGCUGAUCCGCUCACAUGAGUGCAAGCAGGAGGGCUACGAACUCUGUCACGAUGGGCAGGUGAUUACGAUUUUCUCGGCGUCUAACUACUAUGAGGAGGGCAGUAACCGUGGGGCGUACGUGAAACUGGGCCCGGAGUUGGUGCCACGCUUCCUUCAGUACCAGGUGAGCCGCAGCACCAGGAAGCUCACCCUGCAGCAAAGGGUGAGUGUGGCUGAAGGAUCUGCCCUGAAGGCUCUGCAGGAGAAGCUGUUUGCCCAUCGCUCUGAGCUUAUGGCUGUCUUCCAGCAGUAUGACACAAAUAACACCGGCUGCAUCUCGGUCAGUGACUGGGCACAGGUGGUGGAGUCGGUGCUGAGACUGGACCUGCCCUGGAGGACCCUCAGGCCCCGGCUGACCCGGCUGGCCCACGAUGGCAGCGUGGAGUACAGGUCCUGCUUUGAGGACGUCAGCCCUGGACAGCCAGUUCCUCAGGUUGCUCCUAAUUUGGCAGAAACGCUCUAUAGGUAUCGAACUGAUCUGGAGAUCAUAUUCAAUAUCAUAGAUAAGGAUCAUUCUGGUCUCAUUUCCAUUGAAGAAUUCCGUCAGACCUGGAAGCUGUUCAGCACUCACCUGGGCGUAGCUGUGAACGAAGAGGCCAUUGAUGACAUGGCGCGCAGCAUCGACUUCAACAAGGACGGCAGCAUAGACUUCACGGAGUUCCUGGAGGCCUUCCGUGUGGUGCACAAACUGGACGUGAAGGAUCAGCAGCAGGGCUGAGGCAGCCAUGUUGGCUCUGUCUGGGCUGUCGAGAGCAGCCAUGUUGGCUCCAUCUGUCUGGCCUGUAGAGAGCAGCCAUGUUGGCUCCAUCUGUCUAGGCUGUAGAGAGAAGCCUGCCGCUUGCUAGUGCUCCUUAAUGCAUGUUCAUCUGAGACUGGUGGAUCAGGGGGUGUGUGGAGCUGAAGUCCACACAUCUUCAGCAGUAGAGGCAGUGAACUCUGAAUAAUAGGCAUUACUUUACAUCUGUGAACUGCCUCAGCAGUAAAGGCAGUGAACUCUGAAUAAUACAGACAUGGCUUUAUCUAUGAACAUCGCCAUUUUGUUCUCUUGGCUGGUCUUGGUUUGUUUACAUCUUUGAAAAGAUAUAGAAAUCCAUAAUAUGAUGGUAUUAUUGAAUUAUACCCAAAGUGUUCAUCCCUUUUGACCAUUUAAGGCUGCAUUGUUUUUGUUGCAUGUGCCUUAUUAUCCCAGGGGUGCCUGCUGGGGUCCGCUCCUGUUAUGGAGUAUUCUACUGGAGUGCACAGCCGCAGAGACCAGUGGGCUAUACUACGAAUCUCGAUUUGUGGGUUAGCGAGGUAUGUUGCGCUUAAAGACAGGGUAUGCUGUGACACGAAAGUGGCUCUGUUUUAGCGUCGCUGUAUCAACAUGGUGUCUUAUGCUGU